GAGGGGGGAUGAGAGGGAGAGGUGGGAGUGACCGAGGAAGGAAGAGAGGAAACACGUCGAGCCCUCAACACAACACUCCCUGGCUGGAAGAGCCUCUCCGCAGCUCCAGCUUGAGGAGCGACCGCUGCCUUGUGAGGAGCCGGGCUCUAUUGUUCACUCAGCGGCUCGUGUCGGCGUUUUUCCCGGGUCCAGGAGGGAAGGGGGUCCCCCAUGCUAAGCUCAGGGAGAAUGGAGGAAUUUGUGACCGAAGAGGAAGAGCCGUGGUACGACCAACAGGACCUGGAGCAGGACCUCCACUUGGCAGCAGAGCUGGGGAAAACGCUGCUGGAGAGGAACAAAGAGCUGGAGGAUUCCCUGCAGCAGAUGUACAUUACUAAUGAGGAGCAAGUGCAAGAGAUCGAGUACCUGUCCAAGCAGCUCGAGGUUCUUCGGGACAUGAACGAACAGCAUGCCAAAGUGUACGAACAGCUGGACGGGACAGCCAGAGAGCUGGAGAACACCAACCACACACUGGUGAUGGAGAGCAAGGGCUCACAACAGAAGAUAGAGAGAUUAACAGGGACCAUUGAGGCUUUGCAGAACCAGGUGGAGUCUCUCUCAGGGCAGGUGGAGCAGCUUCGCUCCAUGGAGCAGCUCCGAGUCAGGAGGGAGAAGAGGGAACGACGCAAGACCAUCCACUCCUUCCCUUGUCUGAGGGAGCUUUGCACAGCCCCCAGGUAUGAGGAUGAGUUUGUAGUGGGCAGGGCUGAGAGCUUUACAGUGGAUACUAAGCGUCCACCAUUUGAAGAAGAGAACCAGCACCUGAGGGAGGCGGUGUCGGCUCUACGAGCGGCUGCCCGGACUGAGAGGGGUCGUAGGGAAGGGGUGGAGAGGGAGUGCAACCUCCUUCUUGCUGAGUUCUCCCGCCUGCAGACACGAGUUCAGGAUGCUGAGAGCUGCCAGGCGAGAGUACGGGAGCUGGAGGUGGAGCUACAGGAGCUGCAGCAGCUACGCCGCGCUAGGACUUUCCUGCUGAGUAGCGAGGACGACGGCGUGACUCUUACCCAGACUGUCCUCAAUAGCACCCCAGAGACCGACACCUUCCUGGAAGUUGAGGUGGGGGAGACAGGAGGAGGCGUGAGGGAGGAGACUGAAGGCGGUAGCGGUGUGGGAGGAGAGACUCUCCCCGAGUCCAGCCCCGUGAGGAAAAGCUGCAGCGACACGGCGCUCAACGCCAUAGUGGCCCGCGACGCUUCCGGCCGCCGGAGAGGCAGCUACGCCCUCCAUGCCAACAGCGUGAGGAAGAGAGGGAUGUCCAUCCUCAGGGAGGUGGACGAGCAGUACCACGCCUUACUGGAGAAAUACGAGGAGUUGCUGGGGAAGUGUAGGCGCCACGAGGAGAGUCUGUGUCAUGCCGGGGUGCAGACUUCCAGACCUGUCUCCCGAGACCCAUCCAUGAAAGACUGUGCCAUGGGCCCCACCCCGGCGCCUCCCCCAACCCCCACCCAGUCACCCUCCACCCCUGAGGCCAUUGAAAGCAUCAGCAAGCAGGUGGAGGCGGUGGAUAAGAGGCUGGGACAGAACACUCCAGAGUACAAAGCCCUUUUUAAAGAGAUCUUCUCUCGUAUCCAGAAGACCAAGAUGGACAUCAAAGCUACCAAAGCUGCUAAAUCUAGCAAAUCUGGCAAAUCUGGCAAGUCUAGUAAACAGUAAUGGUACACUGGUUAGCUCUAUGGAGGACAAUAAUGUCCCCUAAAAAAUAUGUCCCAUACAAUGAAAGUGCAUUCUCAGUUUUAUACUUUCGGAUUACGGUUGCAUAUUAAACAUGUUUGAAUUUAAACAAAACUAGGCUACUUGUUUGGUUCAGGCAACAAAACUACUUAGUUAGGUUUCGGAAAAUACAUUGGUUUGGGUUGAAAUUGUUCCAUAAGUUAUAAGUUAAAUAUAUUGACGUAGGUUAAAAUACUCUUUUAGUUUUACAUGGGACAUGAACAGCAGUCUGCUGAAUCAAAGUUCUUUGAUUGUUUAGCCAGUCCAUCAUCCCUGUCCUCGUCCUUACGUGGACUUUGAUUUGAAACUUAUUUGUGAUACGUCAAAAAUAAAUAUAAUCUGAAAGGAAACACAUUUCCCUCAAAACAUAUUGACAAUGCUGUUUUGUUGUAAUGGAACAUAUUUUUUAGAAAAGCAGGCUGGCUGGAGUUUGUGAAAUGUUUGGUGUAAACAUUCUUAUAGAGGGUUCUAGUUCGAAAAACGCUAAAUUCUGGUACAGUUCAGUUCAAUUGAGGUCAAAUUAGAGCAUGCAGUUUAAUCCAGAGCUGAAACUUUGCAAUUUACACAAGAAUCAGAUUUGCAUGUGAUCAAUUUUAGAACUGCAGAAUUCAGUCACAUAUAUAAACCCUGAAUUAGAAUUAGAUUGAGCUAACCAUUAAUAUUUGAUUCAGUGUUCCCACUAAAUGUAUACUGGCUUAACUGCCUGACUACUUUAGGCAUAUACAUCAAUAACACAAUAACAGCAAUAUGCAUCUCAUGAGCCUCACAAGUGCACUAAAUGUUAAAGCUUCUGAAAUAACACCAGAAAAUUGCAUCUCUGAUAAAAAAAAAACAUGAACAAAAACCCAAAUCUAAUAUUAACAUGAUCUGUAUCUUUUAAGUUUAUUUAUUAUAAUGGACUAUACUAACGUUUGUAUAAUUACAGUAAGAAAGAGAAAGAUUAAUCCUCUCAGGCCACAGUGCUGUCUGUCUCGAGAAUGAACUCCAGGUGCUAAUAAUGCUCCUUCCGUCUAGUAUAUCACUAUAAAAAUGGACACUGUUUUAAACAUGGACAAAAUUUAAACAAGCCUUUAGUGUGGAUGGCAUUGCUGCUCUCUUGCACCGUUCUCUGUUUACUUACUAAUGCUUUUUAAAGUUUGUUGUGCCUAGCCCUAGCCCAAUGAAUUGCUUUCUUCCUAACUGUUUGAUAAAAACAGUGAUACAACUUUCAUGUCUGAACAGCCUGGAGCCAGUUAGCCUACCUAAGCAUAAUGGAAUGAAUGCCCAUCCCUAGUUGACAUUAGCCGUGUUUCCUUUAAAGUCAUAUUGAAUUUUUGAAAUGUCACAUCACAGAAGAUGUGAAUUAUGGACGUUUCCAUCAACUGGUUUAGAGCGAAUAAACAAAGCUGCAUUAAUGUACUUUGGUCAGAAGAUGACAGUGUUAUGUAUUGCUGUAGGCUAAUCCAUCAGUAAACAGGAGAAGAAGAGAUUGUGGCAGAAAGAAAACAGUAGAAGAAGCUUGGUUAAGUUUAGACACCAAAACUACUUGGUUAGGCUUAGGGACAAAAACUACACCUAACCAGGUAUUAGGUGGUUAGUUGUUGAUAACUUCCUGGUUAGGUGUAGAGACAAAGACUAUUUGGUUAGUUUUCGGGACAAAAACUACUUGGUUAGGUUUAGGAAAACGUCAUGGUUAGGAUUAAAAGAAGUAUGUCAGAAAUCAUUUCAGGUGGUGUGUCAUUUGGUGAAGUGUUUGUAAAGUGGGCAUGGAGGACUGCAGCUGGACCUUCUAUCUGUACCUAACAUAUGACACACUCUCAAAACCGUCCCAGUUUGGUUAGAUUUAGGUGCCAAAACUACUUUGCUAGGUUUAGAAAGAGAUCAUGGUUUGGGUUUGAAAUAAGUGCGUUAUACCGGAAGUUAUCUCAGGGGGCGUAUUGUGUAGUGUAGUGGGCCAUGUAGCCUGUCACAAGCUAACCGUCUGUUGGCUGCAGCUUCAUAUUUAGCAAACAGACUGUGGUACUUCUUUAUCUAACUGUCAGUAAGAAAGCAAAGCAUGUUUCCCAAAAUGUUGAACUAGUGCUGAUUACUUUUACACUUGUGCUUACAAAGUGCUCAGAUAACUAACUGAAUUUCCUCUUGAGGACGAAUAAAGUAAUUUUGAUUUGAUUUGAUUUAGAUGCUGUUGGAGUUAAAUUAAAAAAGGGACGCUAACUAUAAAACUUCAGGAAAGGAAUACUGGAAACUUAAUUUACAUUUAAGAAAUAAAAAGCUUCUCCCUCCACUGUGUUAAAGUCACUUUAGCUCUUUUAUGAGUACUGAAGUGCAUCUUCAACUGGACUACAUCAGCCCAUCGGGGCAACAGUAACAUAGCUCAGUGAGAUACAUUGUUUAUUUAUAGUAGUGAGUGAUAUCUAGAGUAUAGGCUAUAGUUUAGAUAGUUAAACCUGAUGUUUUUUAAAUGUGUAGAUCCCACUAAAUGCUAAAAAGCUGCUGUCUUGCAAAAGACAAUCUCUGCAGAUUGUUAUUUCACUAUAUCCUGGGCAUUAUGGACACUCAUCAUACAGAAUAUAAAAAUCCUGAAGUUGAGAUGUAUAACAAUGGUUUCGCACCAUGUACUAUAAAAGCAUUUACAUUUUUUGGGGAAACAGCUAUGUUUCUCCAUCUAACAGACCAGGCAAUGUAAAAUAGCAAAAAGGCAUGACUGAGGAGUAAGUCUUGAUUGUCACUUGGAGAAAAAAAAAAAGUAAGUUCUCCAAAGCUUACGAUCACAUAGGCCGAUUGUUCUUCCCUCAAGUACGACCUGCAGAAGCUUUUCGUAAUUAGCGGCCCUACCACCAGCACAUUAGCGCUGUGAAACAGUAACAGUAGUGUUAGGUUUAGGCACCAAUGCUACUUGCUUAAUUGUUAGCGGAGAAAAGUACAUAAUUAGGUCUAGGAAAACAAAGUUUAAAAAAGUAAAAUGAAUGGCUGUAACUACAGGAAUUCAAGUUGUUACGUAGGUGGCGUAAAGCGUGACAUAGACGUUAUGUAGCUAUGCACACAAGUUAAGUUACAUAACUUCUACUAUAACUACUGGUUUCACUCGGACACUAACACCGCUCUGCUGGGUCAAAGUGUAUUUGUUAGACCCACCCUAAGUGGAACUUGUCGUUCUUUAUAGUAUGUAUCCUGGCUUCAACUUUUGCUUUUAUACUCUUUCACUUCUGCCUUGACAUCCUUCAUAAUUGCUGUGGCCAGAGGGCGCUGCUAACUACAAAUGGUUGAAGAAUUGGUUGUUUUAAGCUGCUUAACAAGCUAUGGGGUCGUUUUUGGAGGGAGGACAGUGUCAAAAUAGGCCAUUAAAUGAAAAACACAGGGAUGUGACCAUGUUUAAAGAAAAUGGUCCAGUGGAGAAAACUGAUAUUAUUUGAUAUACUCACAUUCAUUCAAAGGAUCUUUUUUAAUACAAGUGUUGAGACUAUUUUCCUUUAACUAUAGCUGACACAGUGUAUCGUACAACUGUAACCAGUAUAAGGCUUCAAACCAGGGCUUUGUCUAACACCUUGCAGUCUUACCAAAAUAUAAACUAACCUGUAAACAUAUUGCACCUUUUUCACAAUAUACAAUACAUAUGCCUUUUUCCUGGGUAACCUACUAUGUAUAAACCUUUGUUAUAAUGAAUGUUAUUAUAGCUAAUUUUAUAUCCAAUUCUUCAACACAGUUGAAGACAUUACCAAGCCUGAAACCUUUCACAUGUGGCACAGCUGACACCUGGGGGACCCUACACUCAUGGUUGUGGUUAAUGUGUGGAAAAAGAAGGAUGGAUGUUUGCCUGGAACCUGGUACUGAACUCAGAGAGGAUUCCUGUAAUCCCCUGAUGAAAUAAAGGUUAAUCCAUUGUUGCAGCAAUGAAAUUCUCCUGGACUACAGGGGUGUAUGAAGUGCGAUUUGAGGUCAAUGCUCAUGUCUUUAGGAAUGAUUCAAGCGUAUGGAGGGAGGAAUAUGUGUUAGCAUAGACAAAACAAUGCCAAACCAGAGCCUGUUAAAGGCUUAUGAGGUUUCUGUACUGUAAUGUCUUACCUAUUGCACUUGAAAAUGUUUGACGCCUCAUCUUUUUGCAUAUUAGGAUAGCUAAUACAAAAUUGUACCUGUGUAUUUAUUUGUGUGUGAAUGUUUCUUAAUAUUUUUUUUUUACUUUUUCAGUGCCUAUAUGUGAAUGUCACUAACAAAUUGUCAGAAUAAACCUAUUUAAGUUGCUUUAAUUUUAUUAUUCAGUUUAAAUCUGUGCAUUAUUAUUUAGGAUAUUGGCAUUAGAGUUUAGUCUGCUCUGGUAUUAGUUCAUAUCAUUACUGAACUAAGACCUAAUUUACCCUGUUAAUAAAGCAUAUAAUGCAUU